AUGGCAUUGAAACUGAUAGAUCAGCCGAUUGAAUGCGCAUUGGGGAUACUCAUCGCGUACAUUUCCGGAUACAUUAUUUACCAGCGAUUCCUCCAUCCACUCGCAAAAUUCCCUGGUCCAUUCCUUGCUUCACUGACCGACCUAUGGCAAGUGUAUCAAUUUAUGACAUUGAAGCAACCUUACACCCUCACCAAGCUUCAUAAGAAGUACGGAUCCAUAGUCCGAUAUGGCCCCGAUAAGUUGAGCAUAACCGACGAGGAAGCCGUCCGAUUGAUCUAUCAGACUGGAGCCAGAUACAUGCCUAAGACCGAAUUCUACGAUGCAUAUGGUGCGGCUCAUCCGAAUGUAUUCGGCAUGCGUGACGAAGCGGCCCACUCCAUCCGACGACGACACAUGUCGCACAGCUUUUCCAUGGGCUACGUCAAAGAAAUGGAGCAAUAUCUCGAUUCAAACAUAAGGAUCCUACGCGAUAAAAUAUUCCGGCACGCCUUGAAUGAUGAGCCAUUCGAUUUGAAAAAGAUAUUGCAUUACUACACUAUCGACGUCCUGGGUGAGCUUGCUUUCAGCCAGACAUUCGGUAUUCAAGAAUCCGACGAUGAAUCCCGUAUCCCGCCUGUGAUUGAGCAUAGCCUGUUGGCAGCCGUCACAGGUGCCUGGCCGGCUAUGACAAUGACUCUCAAGAAAUGGCUUCCUGUAAUUCCACACAAGGGGCUCCAGGCUCUUUUUAAAGGUCGAAAGGCCUGCGCAGACCUGGCUUCUCGAUGUGUCAAUAUUAGAUUGAGUACUUUACGGUCCAAGGAUGGAACAGUCAAUGAUAUGCUAGAAAGAAAGGACAUUUUGACUAAUCUGAUAAAUGCCAAACACCCUGAUACGGGAGAAAGUCUGACCCAGAUUGACUUGGAGACGGAAGCAUUUGGCUUCAUCAUCGCGGGGACUCAUACAACAAGUGCCACAACGGCACUGUUAUUCUACCACUUGCUGCACAACACCAAUCUCAUGAACAAAUGCGUCACCGAGAUUGACGAAAAAUUGCCCUCCCUCCAGCCCAACGAAAAUGCGUAUUCGGUGACUGAUGCGGAGGCCUCUUUGCCAUUUUUGCGCAAUUGCAUAAAAGAGAAUUUUCGAAUAACCCCUGUUUUCACGAUGCCGCUCGCAAGACGAGUCUUAAAGGCUGAUGGUGUGAUAAUUGCUGGGAAUCAUAUUCCGUCCAGGACCUCUGUUGCAGUCUGUAACCAUGCAUUUCAUCAUAAUCCAGAGGUUUGGGGUGCAGAUCAUAAUGUUUUUGACCCAUCGCGAUGGGAUAUACCCGAGGUGGCGAGCAAAGCCCGGCUCUUGAUGCAUUUUGGUCUUGGGGGUCGACAAUGUAUUGGGAAAACUGUGGCUAUGUCCAAUAUCUACAAGUUGAUGAGUACGCUGCUGAAGGAGUUUCAAUUUGAAUUGGUAGAUGAAGAAGAGAAAGCGAGGGUAGGGAGGGGUGGCUUUCAAGGGGAAGUCCCGGAGAUGAUCAGCGUUGGCAUUAGUGAUCUCGCCUCGCCGCUGGUGGUGAAAGCUCGGAAGAGAAAUUAA